AUGGUUUCUUUCUGGUUACAAGUAGAUUACCAUUAUAUGUAUAUCAGCAGCGUUCUUGUUGAAGAUGCAUUUUAUAUUGUUCUUGUUUGUUUUGAGUGUCAAAGUGGGCAUUUUUGUGGUAACCGUUACUGCUGCUUUAUUAUCAUUUUACUUAGUUUGGUUUUUAAAGGUACCGUGCACAUAACCGCUGGCAGAUGCAAAUAUAAUCUCCAACUACCAGGGCAGCAUUCGUUUCGCGAAGCAGAGUCACCUAGUGGUGUUCUCCCCAUGGAAGAUGUAAAAAUAAUGAAAGCGAAUAGAGUAAGAUUAUGUGGGCAUAUCAGUUCAGGGGCGGUGCCCCUCUCAUUUAGAUGUGAAGGUCGUGUAUAUCGAAAUCUGCUUUACGCGAAGGACAAGCAAAAUUAG